CUUGAAGAAGAAGCGGAGGAAGAGGCGAGGGAGGAGAAGGAGGAGGAGAAGGGAAGGGCAGGGAAGGGCCUCGAAGAGAUCGAGCGCCCGGCGAAGAUCAAAAUGCGUUUGAAAAGUACGAGUCCUUGACACAGGGAUUGGAUUAUUUCGGAAGGGAAGUGAAGGAGGAGGAGGAGAGAUCGAUCGGUGCGGUCGACCAGAUGUCGGCGAAUGUCGAUUCACAAAAGAGAAUGAUGGACAAAGAAGAGGAUUUGAAGCGAAUGGAAGCGGCGUCCAAGUGCGCAGCGCAGCAAAUUCGGGAUAUGCUCAGUUCCGAGGACGUGGCCACGCUCACGCAUUUGCAGUUGCUCAUCUUGGGAAGACUUCAGGACAGCAAUGCUGUUCUUUCGCACUUCAACGAUUUUUCAGACCGUAGUUUUGCGGCUGUCGCCAACGACUUCUCGAAAAACACAAGACUGUUCAAAGCAAUGAAAGUGGACCUGGACCACAUCUUCAGGCGAAUUCGAGGUCUGAAGAAUCGACUUGCUGCACAAUAUCCAGAAGCUUUCAAAGAGUCGGUGGUGGGUCAAAUCGCAGAUACAAGACCUGAUCUGGAAAACGAAAUGGGUUGGAAGAAGUGAUCUAGUGCUGCGUUGUCAACGACAUGGGCGUCCAACCCCAUGACAAUGAACGCGUGAAGGUGGCCAAUGUCCGACAUUGUUGAACUUCAUCUUUGUAUCAUGGAUAAAUGUAGAUAUGCAGGCUCAAGCCUUCCCUUAGAAGUCGACAAUCGAUUCAAAAAACCGUUAAUUGUGCAAUCAAAAAUUCGAUUUGGGUCA